AUGGUUAACCUUGAAAAAGUGUUACUCUUUGUGUCUAAUGAGAGCCUAAGAAGCGAUCAAGUGCUAAUCAACGAAGUAAACAAAGAGAAGAUAUCCAUCGACGCAGGACGAAGCCAACGAAUAUCGACAACGAUUGUAGCUGUUUCGUGUAACGAUAACGGCUCAGAUUUGGCGCACUUACCCGAGGUGACCAGCCCAAAGCUGGACUACUAUGGCUACGAUGUGGUCAACAAUCUGUCCUCCACCAGUGAUCAGCCAACAACGGCAUCGACGACAGCUGUCGGAGAGGGGAGUGACGUAGACAACAAUAAUAUACAAGAUUUACUUAACGAUACAGAUUCAGAACUUUCCUCCCUAUCGCAUGUUGAUGCUCCCAACGAUGUCCUGUAUAUGGUUUGCGGAGUCGUCAUUGCCAUGCUCCUCGUGGGCCUCAUCAUAGUUUUAGUAGCAGUCACAAUCAGCAAAUUGAGAAAGCGUGAAGAAUCCAGCGUUAGUCCAGUGACGGCGACAAACGUGGAGGCACCACCGUCGCAUCAUCACCAAAACAAUAGUAGCAGUUACAAUAACAGCAACCAUCACCAUAACCACUAUAGCAGUAGUAACCACAACAACAGCCACCAGCAUCAGCUAGAGAAUGGAUACUCCGUGCCGACUCCGGUGGCUUUCCGGCAGAGUCCUUCGAGUGUCUGGGUAUUUCCGCCAUUACCACCGCAGCCCAACAUCUACAGUUACAACGCCAAUAGUCAAGACGCGUUAGUGCAUAACGAGAAGACCGGCUUCAAAGGACUGAAGCGACAGCUCUCCGGCCGUUUCAAGCGGUUGGUGUCGCGAAAAUCACACGAACCUGCUCCGGUGAUACCGCCUGAACUGAAGCCCCAGCUGAAGACCAUCUAUGUUUAUUAAUAAAAAUGAUAAUAAUAACAAUAAUAAUAAUGACGAUAAUUUUAGGAGCCGUAACAGGAAAACAAGAUAUUGAUUAGUGUUCAGUUGAAUUUGUUUUUUUUUUUGAUCCAUUGAUUAAUUUGCUUCCGUAAAAGGGGCUUGUUUCCUUUUAAACUUUGGAUAGCGUUUCCGUAUCCCAACGUAGUUUUGAUUUGUGUACGCAGACAAUUGUUUAGAGAAUUUUAGAAUCAGAGUGGAAAACACCUAAAGCAAAAAAUGAUAUUAAAUUCAAUUUUACGAUUUUUUUACAAUUUUUAAUGAUUCAAAAUUGUCUGUAGGAGCCAGGAAAAACGAUGAACAAUAUUGAUCGCCAUUCCAAUUCGUGAUAUGUUUCCAUCGUUUAAAACUAGUUUGUGCAAACCCAGCAUAAAACAGAAUAGUGAAGUCGUUCAAGAACAAGUAAUUAUUAUUAUUAUUAGUAAACCUAGAAGAAGACUGAUACAAACAUCAACCUUUUCUUAAGGGAAACUGUGGAAAGCAACGUCGAAACGUUAGCUAGCAGCUGGAAGGAGCGGAGUGGUUUCUGAGAGUACAUUGUAUUUCUAAUUCAGUUUUGGCUUAGAGCAUGGAAGUAUUUCAGUUUAUUAUCCUAGUAUUUAAUGUCAAUCAGUCUAGCUUAACUCAUACUAGAGCGACUCAAUUAGAACAAGGAUGGUAGAAAGGCGUAGAAAAGCAAUACGAAACAACAAUUAAGUAAUUAGCGGUCACCGAGCUUAUAUACUGUACUGUGUUGCUAUGUAGAGGAUGAAGAUAUUUAUUUUUAGACGAAAUCAGGGCCCUCCCUCUUUAGAUUAUGCUAGGCAGCUUUCUAUGAUUCCUUGAGCAAACUGCAUUACGCUAUUUUAGAGAAAAGUAGAAAACAAACUGUAGGUGAAAUCAGAUCAAUGGUGACAGCUGGAGUCGAAGGUUUCUAGCACACGCAUUAGAUAAAAUUACUGCAACCAGAUAGCCACUAUACAAACACGGACAAAUAUUGGCGGACAUGUAGAAUCAAACUCAGCCUGUUCAAUAUGAUACUUUUUUUUCUGUAAAUGAUAGUUGCAAGUUGAAAAUCGAAGCUAAUAACACCAAUGGGCUACGCGGCAAAACGAAGUAGAUAGACAGAGUCAGACACAAAUAGGAGGGAUGUUCACUCACAUUGAGUGCCGAAAGCACAAAUACAUACACUGCGAAGGCUACUGCAACGGUCCAACGGACGUGUAUUCGUGUGACCGAACAAGUUGUAUGAAAUCUGCAUAAUUUAAAUAAAUGCGAUAACUUA